AACUUUGUGAUUAAGAAAAUGUAGACUUAAUUCACUUUGGGAUAUAAACAAUAAACAGAUUCUUAAAAUGAGUCUUAAAUACUCAUUCUUCUUCCCCAAAUAUGUAAUUAAAAUACAUUAAAAGAAAUAGAUCGAUUCUCAGUUACAUACAAACAAUAGAGUUGAAUACAUUGAUUAUAGAAGGGAGAUCUGCUCUGCGACCAGCGGAUCUGCUUGUAUUUGGCUGGGUUUGGGGGAAACAUGUUUGUGUGGACCUCACGGGGUUUCCCCUUUGGUUAGUUUAAGGGAAAAGGGGUUUGUAGCUAGGCAAGCAUCUAGAAAAGCAGAAUCGAAGAAAGUGGAUAAGCACGCUAAAGCUUGCGCAGAGAACCAACAUGUCUUUGUCCCUUUAGCUUUUGAUACCUUUGGCUCCCUAGCACCAGAAGCUAUCCACUUCUUGACUAGGGUUCAACGGGUCAUCCACAGCAAUUGUUCAUCCCCAGGGGGGGCAGUGGUUUGUCUUUGGAAGAUUAGAGGCAGCUUAUUGCCCGUCUACCUUCUGUUUUGAUGUAACUUGACAAGUUUUUUUUUUUUUUAGUGAAAUUGACUAUAGUGAAUUGAAAUUAGGUAAAGAAGAAUAUGCACUAAGAUGGACAUGUUCAAGAAGCUUCCUCACACCAUAAUUGAAAACAUUCUAUGUCUUGUACCGAUUCAAGAGGCAGCAAGGACAAGCAUCCUUUCUAAGGAAUGGAGGUACCAUUGGACCAAAAUCCCAAAACUCGUGUUUGAUGAGGAGACGUUUCAAGUAUUAGGUGACGUUAGUGAUCAGCGGCCUCGUAAGGAAGAAAGGGUUAGCAACAUACAAAAUCAAAGGGAAGGAACGAGCUACUGGUGUAAACUUUUCUAUGCUUUCUAUCAAAUUUUGUUGAAACACGAGGGUCCAAUACACGAGUUCACUCUUAAUGUUCUCUCAGAUGAGACAUGUGAUGAAAUCUACCAUAUAAUAAAUUAUGCGUUGAGGAACUAUAGUGUCAAGAAAUUAACAAUUGACCUCACUUGGGCGUAUCUGUUACCCUUAUCUAUGUUGUCGUUUCAUCAGUUAACGGACCUACAUCUCGAUAACUGUGAUCUUGGCUACAGACCGAUGACGUUCAAUGUAUUUGAUAGCCUUACAAACUUAUAUUUGAGAGAUGUAGACACUAGUAAAAAGACGCUUCUACAUCUCAUAUCCAGUUGUCCAUUGCUUAAGAGCUUGACUCUGAUGAUUGAUGAUUCACAAGGUUUUGACGAAUCACUAGAUUUUGAGGAGUACAGCCUUACAAAUCUAUUUGAGUGUUUCCCUAUGGUUGAAAAUCUGUCUACUUGUUUCUCGAUAACCAAGUAUUUUGAUAAAGACGGAGUUCCACAAGUGCUUCCAACGUCGUUAAUCUACCUCAAGUACGUGUAUAUCGAUGAGAUGAGUUUCAUGUACGAAUAUGGGUUACCUUUCCUUCUUUUUUUGAUUAGAAGCUCCCCGAACAUGGAAAAACUUAAGCUACGGGUGAAUGCCGAUCGUUAUUGUCACAAAGAUCCCAUUCUUCAGUCUCAGAAAUGCUCUUCUACACUCAAAGGUUGUUCAGAUAUUUUGUUGGAGCAUCUGAAGGUAAUAGAGAUUUCCGAUUUGUGGAACAAGAACACGAAGCCUACGUUGGAUUUUGUGAAGUUUAUUAUGUCCAAGUCACCUGCGCUCAAGAAGGUGAGGAUAUCCCUUCAUAAGGGAGGUCACAGGGAUGACGGGUUGCAGGUUUCCGAAGUUCUCUUAUCGUCCCAAAGUGCAUCACCAAUGGUAGAUAUCAUUGUUGAAAAUGACGUUUAGUUUAUGUAUAAACCUUUUAAAUGCAAUUUAGUUGUAUUUACAUGUAAUGCUAACUUCAGAGUGUGAACUAAUAUUAGGACUCGAGCGUUGGAAGUUCCUACGAGCACACGACCCACAUAUGGAAGUGUCUACGUGCAUUUCUUAUGUGUAUCAUGUGAUUGAUUUCUUUUAUGGAAUGUUAUAUAUGUAUCUUGUGUUAAUACUUUA